AUGCGCUCUCUGCUCACAGAUAUUGAGAUUUUGAACUACAAGACUUUGAUUGAAAAUUAUGCUGAACCAGUGCCACCUAUGUUGCCUUGCGUAUUUGAGCUGACAAACUUCUCUGAUCUGCACAAAUAUGCUGAUUCAGAGAAUCUUUGCAAUAUCAGAGGCUUUGUGAUUCAGGCAUUACCAGUAAAACAGACAGAUCUGGAUUCUUCUUCUAGAGACAUUAUAGUAGUCAAUGAAGAGAAGAAACUCAUGCUUAUGACUCUCUGGAAUGAAUUUGAAUAUGAUGAAGGGAGCAAAAUAGCAGACACGAUUAGCACUGCCCCUCUAAUCAUAGCUCUCCGUGUUAAAGUAACCACUUUCAAUACUUUGUCAUUCACUACAAGGUAUUCAUCUGGAAUUCUGAUAAAUCCUCCACUCCCAGAUGAUCUCUCUUUCAGGCAAUGGUUUAGUUUGAACGAGGAAGAAAUCAAGAAUUCACUUGAUGCUAAAACAUACAAUAAUGCAAACUGUUUACUUCCUCCUCCAAAUGAAGAAGAUAUCAAAGCAAUCAGCACUUUUCAGGCAUCAUUUCCAAUUCAAAAGACAGCUUGGGUGCAAGGAACUGUCAAACUUGCAUAUGGAUUCAUCAAAUAUUGGACUACUGCUUGUGUGAAUUGUCACAAAAUUGUGAAUGCUGACAUUGACUGGAUCAUCCAUUGUCCUUCAUGCAAACAGCAAAGUGAAGUUGAACUCAGGGCUCGCAUUCCAAUUAUUAUAACUGAUGCUUCGAGCUCAAUACAUUGCAUUAUAUCUGGAGAAGAUGCUGAAAAAAUGAUUGAGUUCACUCCACUGCAGCUUAAGCAAGCACAAGAAGAUGGAUUUGAAAUAAAUAUUGAACUUAAUGAUGCCUUGAAAAAGUACACAGUGAGAAAGAAUACUGUCAUUAAGGCUUACACUGCAGCUGAACUAUCGCACCGUCCUCUUCCACUAGCACUUCCAGAAGACACUCAAGUUUCUUCUGCACUUGGUAGUUCAUCAACAAGGCAUGCAGAAACAUCAUCAAAGGAUCAAAUGUUCACACCAACCACAAAGUUGGUACUUGAAGAAAUUGCUGGAGCCAAUUCUUACAAAGAAGGCCAGACAUCUACAACCAGUGGAGCAAAAAGAAGCCUUGAGUUUCCAGAAGAUUUACCAGCAGACACAUGA